AGGAGCUCAAUCAGUCAGGUAUACAAUAUCAACUUUGGCUUACAAGAAGUUCCUGUGUACUGUCACAUGGGAGAUUUUGGAUGCGGCGGUGGAGGUUGGACUCUAGCAGUGAAAAUAAACGGAUACAAGGUAUGCUACAGAUCAGUGAUAUAUUUCAGCUGGUAGUAAACAUAACAAUACCGGAUCCACGGAGAAGUCUGGGACUGUCCUACCUCCGAAUCCUCUCUCAAGCCCCCUGGGGCUAAUUUAUUUCAAGCGCGUUGGGGAGGGAGGGGGUAGCCAAAAUUGGCCUAAAUGUGUCUCGAAAAAAAGCUGGGAACGGCAUUGAAGAAAAUAUCUUCUGGCAUCCAUCUUCCUCUUCCUUAGCCUGAAUGAUAAUCAGAACGAUUUCUUUGGCAUUAAAUUUCAGAGGACGUUCCACUAUGAUUCUUUUCUGUGGAGCGACACAAACACAUACAACGUUGCAGGGGGAAAAACUGGCUUUGACAUGGAAGAGACCAAGUUGCCUUCCUAUUGGGCCACACCCUUCACAAGGGUCUGUCUCGGCAUGAGAAUUGGCCAGCAGGUAAAGUUCGUUCCGGUUGACAUGAAAGCCAGCUCUCUGCACUCUCUGAUCGCGGGUGGUGUCUUCCAGGCGACCUCUUUGGGUCGUGACAAGUGGAAAUCGCUGAUUGGCUCAUAUGCCUCCUUGCAGGCUGGCUGCAAUCGAGAAGGCUUCAAUGCAGCAGCCAGUCAAAGCGAUUCGGCCAAAGCAAGAAUUGGUAUUCUUGGAAAUGACCAGCGAGAUUGCAUUACUUGUGAUUCUAGGAUUGGGUUUGGCACAGGAGGUCAGACUGAUGAUUCCAACACUUGCGGGAACAACGCUCCGAACGGAUUCACGUCUGAUAACGGAGGAAAAAACAUUAAAGCCAUGGGAUAUAUAUUAGUUCAGUAG